UAACUCAAUUACUCCACAACUUGGUCUCUCUCUCGUUUCAUUUAUAGCCCUCUCAUUCCUCAUUUCCUCUUUACAACUCCAACGUCUUCCACCUUCUACCUUCUUCUUCUUCUCCUCCUGCUUAUUCCUUCUUCAUUGUUUAAUUCAUUCUUUCAAAAGUUACAGAAUCAUUUCCUUCGGUUAGAUCUAUCAUCAAUGGGUUCCAAAGAUGUGUCCAAACUGAAGUGGAAGAGAAGGAGGCAGAUGGUGGAUGCCGCACGGAGUCGUCGUGGCAGCUCCGUCGACAAGAAGAUAAAGAAGCUGCGGCAGCUGAUUCCCGGCGGCAUCCGGCUGAACCCGGACCGGUUGCUUCUCCAGACGGCAGAACACAUCUUGCAGCUGAGGCUGCAGGUGAAUGUGUUGAAGGCUCUUUCCGAGAUACUCAAGCUAAAAUAAGUACACGACGUUAUUAUUAUAUGUAUUGCUCAUUUUGUAAUAAUCGUUUAUUACUUUUUGUGCAACUGGUCUCUUCUCUUCAUCUUUAUCUUUGUAAGCUCUCUCUACAGACGAAACCCUUCGUUCUUAAUGGAUAAAUAUAUAUUCUCUA